AUGGGCGCCGCCUCUUCCCAACAGAGUGCCCUCGACGCCGGCGCUGCACACGCCUUCACAGCCUUCGCGGCUUCGGCGCCUUCCGCGCGGUCGCGUGCAGCGGUGUUUGAACGAACGGCGCACGGGCUUCCCGUGCUGAUUGAGGAGGAAACCGACGACGGCCCCCGGGCUGCGCGUCCGCCUCUGGAGAGCUCCGAGGAGGCCUACACAUGCUUCACCAUCAGGAACCGGCGCAGCUCCGAGCUUGGCAAGGAGCGGAAGCUGCGGCCGAGCGGCCCUCUGCAGAAGGCGCAGGAAGACGCAGAGGGCGAACUCAGGCGGCGGAGUGCGUCUUCCUCCGCGGAGGAGCGAGGCGAAGGCCUCCGAGACUUCGAGGCCGCGGAGGCUGCGAACCGCGGGGGGCGGGGGCCCCCCCGGGCGGUGCCGUGA